UUAAUCAUUUUACUUUGUGAAAAUAAUUUUGAGUUACUUUUAAAAUAAGAAUUUCAAAUGCCAACCAACUGCCAGAUUACAUUGUGAUUAUAAUAAUGCUACUAUUUAAUAAUUAAAUAGCAAAUAAUUUGGUCUAGAUGUAGGUAUUAGAUGUCAUCUUUUAAUAAAUUUAAUAAUUAAUUUAGAAGGUUCUGGGAGAAAAGAAUCAGCCUAGAGCAGGACUUGAAUCUGCAGCUCUCACUUGCUGUACAGAUAUGUUACCAGUUGUAGCCUGAUGUAAUUUGUUAAAAAUGGAUGCAAUACAGAAACAUUGUUUAAGAAAAGAACGAGAAAACAUCAUUGCAGAUUUGAACCCGAAAUAUAUUCUUCCUUUUCUUCUAGAAAAACAUGUUGUUACAGUAGACGAAUAUAAUGAAAUCUUAAAUAAGGAAUCAACAAAUAAGCAAACAUCUUUGUUAUUAAGUCUUCUUCCUUUAAAAAGUUCAGAUGCCUUUAACAGUUUUUUAGAUGCUCUAGAACAUGAAGAUGCGUAUCCUUGGUUAGCUAAACCAAUGCGAGACUAUAUAAGAAGUAAGGUCGAACAAGAAAAUAGAGAACUGGCAGAAAAGUUCUUGAAAGGAGGUGUUCCAUUCCCAAUAAACUUUUUUAUUCCUAGAAGUCAAGCUGUGGAUGAUGUACGCAAUGCUGUUAGAAAUAUUUCUGAAAAAAUGCGUGGUUGGAUUGUAAUUUGGGGAAUGUUUGGAAGUGGCAAGACUGUUCUUGCAUCAGAAGCAAUAAGAGAUGUACAACUGUUUAAAGAGUGUUUUUAUGGUGGUGUUUUCUGGCUACCAAUUGGUAAAUUAGAUAAUGAAAGUGCAUUGCUAAUGAAAAUGCAUAAAUUAUGCAUGAGUUUGAGUCCAAAUGAUCGUAAUUAUCCUGAUAGUAUUGAAUUAGCAACUCAUUACUUAAAACAAUUAGUAUCCGAUAUCAGAGAAAACAAUAAAAAAAUUCUUUUGAUAUUAGAUGAUGUUUGGUGCACUGAUGCUAUUAAAGUUUUUGACAUUGGUUGUCCAGUAAUUAUCACAACAAGAGCUAGAGACAUUUUAGGUAAUAUUUCUGGUGAAAGAAGUAUAAUUGAAUUAAAAGAAGGAUUUCAUUUAAAGGAGUCAGAGAAACUACUUGCAUUAUAUGUUGGAGUUGACAGCAAAAGUCUUCCUCACAGUGAAAUAAAAGCCAUUCAUGAUAGAUGUAAAGGUUCACCAAUGGCAAUAGCAAUGUUAGGUAGUAUUAUGCAAACACAUGGAAAUAAAGAAGAACGUUGGAAGAAAUACAGAUCUAUGCUUGAAGAAGGAAGGGUUGGUCGUAUUAGAAAUUUGUCUAAUGAUAAAAAGAAUCUGCUUCAGGCUAUUGAUAUUAGUGUUAAAGAUUUAUCAGAAGAAAUGCAAGACUAUUAUAAACUUUUUGCUGCUUUCAAAGAAGAUAUUGGAAUUCCAAAUGAAGUUCUUGAAAUUCAGUGGGAUAAAGACAAAUUUGAUGUUGAAGAUAUAAUGUAUGAAUUUAAUAAAAAGUCACUUGCACGAAUAAUAGAAAAUAAAAAUUCGCACGUUUACUGGAUUCAUGACUUACAUUUAGAUUAUCUUAAAGAAAAUUGCAAAGAUAAACAGGCUUUGCACCAAAAUUUUGUAAAUCAAUAUCUAGAAAAAUGCCAUGUAGAUAAGAACAACUAUAACUAUGGAUUACUUCCUGAUGACAAAUAUAUUUAUUAUUUUCUCGCAUAUCAUUUAUAUAAUGCACAAGAUGAACGUCUUGAGAAAAUAUUUUUAGAUUUAAACUUUGUAGAAAAUAAACUAAAGUUUGCUGGUCCAAGUGAUCUUUUAAAUGAUUAUAGUGUGUAUAGAGAUUAUUUUAACAAUAAGAAAGAAUUAAAAGAUUUUGAAAGAUUUAUAAGUAACAAUACACACCUUGUAAACAAGGAAAAUGUUGAUAUUAUUCAACUUGCACUAUGCGAACCAAAAAAUUCUGUGGUUUAUGAAAAAGCAAAACUUAUUUCAAUGGAACGUAAUAUUCCUUACUUUGAAUGGUGUAAUCCAUCAAAAGUUCAAAAUUCUGUUCUGCUGAGUACUAAACCACAUAUUGGUACAGUAAAUUGUGCUGUAUUUAGUCCAGAUGAUCAAGUUAUAGCUUCUGUAGGAGAAGAUAAAAUCAUAAGAAUUUGGGAUUGUCUCUCAGGAAAACCUCUAGUCAAUUACCUUGGGCAUACAGAUAACAUAAAUUGUUGUGUAUUUUCAUCUACAGGAAAAUAUUUAUUGACAGCAUCAUCAGAUAUGACUCUAAAAUUGUGGACAGUUUCUUCUUUUGAUAAGAAUAGUGAACGUCGUCUUUCAUAUACUUGGUUGAUGCAAAGUGAGGAAAGAGAUCAAAGUAAUAGGACAUACAAAGGUCAUGAAAAUGCCGUUUUAUGCUGUUCUUUUUCAUCAGAUGAUUCAAAAAUAGUUUCUGGUGGUGAUGAUUAUGUGGCAUUGGUUUGGGAUUUUGAAUCUGGCAAGAUUCUGCAUUCUCUGAAAGGUCACACAAACUCUAUAAAUCAUUGUUGCUUUUCAUACAAUAAAUAUAUUGCUACAGCUUCUUCUGAUCAUUCUGUCAAAUUAUGGAAUGCAUCAUCUGGGGAAUGCAUAAAAACAUUUAAACAUGAUGCAAGUAUUGUAACUUCCUGUCACUUUAUUUCUGAAAAAUAUUUGAUCUCUUCAUCUGGACGUUACAUUUGGAAAUGGAAAAUUGAUGAAAAUCAUGAAAAUCAUGAUUGGAAGCUUAAUAACCUGAAAGAUUCUUACAUUAUAAAUUGUUGUGCCCUCUCUCCUGAUCAUAAACAUAUUGUUGGAGGAACAUCUACAAAUGCUGUGGUUGUUUGGUCUGUAGAGAAAAGAAAUAUAGCAACUUGUUUUAAAGGGCAUAUUGAAUGUGUACGAUAUGUUUCUUAUUCAAAUGAUGGAUCUAAAAUUCUAUCCUCAGCAACUGAUGGAACGCUCAUAAUAUGGGAUUUUACCAAAUUUAUUGGUUAUUCUAGAAUUGGAUUAACUAAACAUUUUUCUGUUAUUUUUCACGAUGAAAACUUGACUAUUGCAACACCUGAUGAAACCAAUUGUAUUCAGAUUCUUUCAGAUUUAGAAGGAAAUUUGAAUAAAACUUUAAUGAUUGAAAAGAGAGAUGGUGACAUUACUACUUGUUGUUUAUCAUAUGACUGCUCAAAAAUUAUUUAUGGUACAAAUAUUGGUGUUGUUAAGGUUUAUGAUAUUGAAACAGAAGAAAAUACAGACUAUCCGGGGCAUGAUUUAGAGGUGAUCCAUUCUGCAUUUUAUUCCAAUAGUAGGAAAUUUGUUACUUGUUCUGCAGAUACACUUUUAACAAUUUGGAAAGAACCUAGAAAAUAUGUUACUUGUGUAGGUCACACAAAAAAAAUUAACUACUUCAAAUUAUUUUCUUGUAAUAAAAAAGUAGUGUCAUGUUCAUCUGAUGGAACAACAAGAGUUUGGGACACCAAAACUGGUGUAGAAUUAUUACAAUGUCACGAUCACGAGGGACAGACUGUCACUCAUUGCGAUGUAUCUCUGGAUGAUAAAUAUAUAGCUUCUUCUUCGGUGGAUAAAACAGUUGUUUUAUGGGAUGCUGAAACCGGAGAAAAACUCAAUAUUCUAAAAUCUGACGAUAUCAUGCGCUCUUGUUAUUUUUCACCGAACAGCCAAUAUUUAGCAGCAGGAGAUGAUGAUGGAAAAAUUAAAGUUUGGGAUAUCCACAAAAAUCCAUUGACGGCAAUUACUCUUAAAAAACACGAACGAUGGGUGCAGCAGAUAGUAUUCUCUCGAGAUUCUAAACAACUGGCUUCCAUAGCAGAUAGCAUUAAAUGGUGGAGCAUAGAGGGACAGUUAUUACAGAGUUUUGACGUGGGAGGUGAAAAGCGUCAUCUGUUUGCUUCCGAUGACUUCUCUGUUUUCGUGACGGUGGAUGAUUGUGGUACUUUAUUCAUUCUGAAAAGAGUGCAGACUCGAGUUUGAUAAUAAUAGUUUAUAUAUAGUAUAUUUGUAAAUUUUGUACAUAGUCUUGAGUUAGGAAUUAAUAUAGGAUAGUUUGAGAUCAAAUUGUUAGUUUGCUCAAAUAUGAUUAAAUCAGCAGAGGACAAUUUGAAUCUCAAACCGUCCUCUGCCGAUUUUAUUGUGUUUAUCUAAUCAACAUAAUUUUACUACUGUGAAGUUCCAAGCUGAUACACGCACCUCGUGAUAAAAUUGUUUAUUUUUAAAAUUUAAAUUCAAAUAUAAUGUUGAAACUAGAAUAUUUACAGGAUAUUUUUAAAAUUGUCCUAAUCCAAAACAUUUUUUAUUGAAUGUAUAUACAAGUAACCCCCAUAUAACACGGGAGUUGUUCCAAAAAAUUGCAGUGUUAUGCAAAUCCAUGUUAUACAAAGA